AUGGACACAGGCAUCAUCGGGCCUGUCACCGACAUGAAGGACUUUGUUGCACAGUUUGGGGGAAGUCAAUCAGCUACGAUUCAUGGUCUCAUCGUGUCGUCUAUCUUGAUCCCAGCUGCAAUUUCUUCAUUCUUUGCUGGCUUUUUAGCAGACAAGUUUGGGAGGUCCAAGGGCAUCAGCAUCGGUGUAUUCGUAUUUGGGGUUGGCGCUGCGAUAGAAGCAGCUGCAGUUCACCUUGCCAUGUUCAUUGUUGGUAGGGUUGUCGAGGGUGUGGGCGAGGGUCUGUUUCUCGGGACUUUGGUUGUGUAUGAUGUGCCCGUGAGACCAUCGAGUCAAAUGAAAUUUACUGACUUCGACACUGUUAGAUACAUUUGUGAAAUCUCACCAACAAGAGUCAGGGGGACAUUCACAACAGGACCUCAGCUGCUUAUCACCCUUGGGCUUGUCACUGGCUUCUUUACGUGCUACGGUACCUCCGGAAUUCAAAGCUCCAUGUCAUGGCGCACACCAUUUAUUGUGCUCGCCUCGUUGUCCAUGACCCUUUCAAUGGUCUCGCUCUUCUUUCUUCCCCCCUCACCUCGCUGGUUGACUAUACAUGGUCGCGAGGGAGAAGCGACCGAGGCUUGGAACUACCUAGGCGUCAGUCAAGCAGAGCGGGAGAAGGUGGAGAUUGAACUCGAAAAUGCCGUUUCAUCCCCCGAAGAGGUACACGAGAAAGGGACGAAUGUCACCCGCAUGGCAGAAAUUCAGGUACAAGCAAAGCCAAGACACGCGCUUCUGGAUCUUUUCUCUCGCGAUGUUCGUUCACGCACUGGUCUUGCAGUAUUCAUGAUGGGGAUGCAACAAUUGAGUGGAAUUGACGGGGUUCUAUACUAUGCCCCUUUGCUAUUCCAACAAGCCGGUCUAGCAUCAUCAGAAGCAAGCUUCCUCGCAUCUGGAGUCUCGGCACUAGUCAUCUUCGGCGUCACCAUCCCUGCAUUGAUCUGGGCUGACCAAUGGGGCCGUCGAGCCAGUACAAUUUAUGGCGGCGUUGCACUCAGCAUCACAAUGUUCUUAAUCGGCGCCCUUUACGCAUCGGGGACUGUGCACGGCUCCGUUGGAGCCGGGCGCUGGGUCGUCAUAGUGACCAUUUACAUAUUUGCCGUGAUCUAUUCCCUGACUUGGGGAGUUGGUAUCAAGAUUUAUGCGGCUGAGAUUCAGCCCCAGCGUACACGAGCGUCAGCGACCAGCUUGGCCCAUGGUAGCAAUUGGGCGGCAAAUUUCUUGGUUGCAUUGACAACACCAAUUCUCCUGUCAAAAAGCAGCUAUGGAGCAUACUUUUUGUUUGGAGGUUGCUCUAUCUUGACUGCCAUUGUGUGUGCCCUGUUCAUGCCGGAGACCAAGGGCCGAUCGUUGAAUGAGAUUGAAGACGCCUUCAAGCGAAAAUCUCCACGCAGUAGCAGUGUUGCAAGCAGGAUGCUGCGACCCGUCUUGAAAUGGAAGUCUUGA